AUGGAGACAUUACCAGUGGAGAUUCCACCACCACCAUUAACAGAACUAAUCGCAUCACUAGAAAAAGCAACCUUAAUGGCAAAACAAUUACCAAACACAAUAGAACAAACACAAAUCUUCCAAAUUUAUUUGUCUCUUCAAAACACUCAGAAUCAACUCACUUCUUUCCUUUCCAAUUUCAAUUCUUCCCAACCACAACAACCCCACCUCCUCCAACAACCCCCGCAAUUAGAAAAUUCUGUGUCUUCAGCCAUUGGUGGCGGUGGUGGUGAUGAUGAAGUUGAACCGAUGCAAGUUGGAGAAGAUGAAGAAGAGGAUUCUGAAUUUAUUAUUGAUAAAGUUGAAGAAAGGAUGAAGAAUUGUGUGAUUCACAGUAAUAAAAGACGGAAAAGGAAUUUAUCAUCUCCUUCAUCAAUUCAAGGGUUUGAUCAAAGAAUUUAUUAUAAUGAUACGAUUUGUAACAGUAAUACUACUACUAAUAAUGGGGUUGUAUUAGUUCAAGGUUUUGAAGAUAAAUUUGAUCCACAAGCAACAAGGUUAAGAUCAUUGGAGUUGAUUUAUCAGUUUCAUGCCUGA